UAGGGCGAGUCAUAUGACCCGCUCGGCUUCCUGGCUUCGGCCGCCGCCGCCCGCCCGUGUCCGCCAGUGGUGCGCCGCGGCCCCGAGGAGCCGUUGAGGGGUCCGGGCUGAGGCCCGCUCGUGUGCAGGCCGUCGCUGUUGCUGUCCGCGCCCGCGCGUCCGUUCUCCCUCCCGGCCGCCAUCAUGCUGGCGCUCAUCUCCCGCCUGCUGGACUGGUUCCGCUCGCUCUUCUGGAAGGAGGAGAUGGAGCUGACGCUGGUGGGGCUGCAGUACUCGGGCAAGACCACCUUCGUCAAUGUCAUCGCGUCAGGUCAAUUCAGUGAAGAUAUGAUACCCACAGUGGGCUUCAACAUGAGGAAGGUAACUAAAGGUAACGUCACAAUAAAGAUUUGGGACAUAGGAGGACAACCCCGAUUCCGGAGCAUGUGGGAACGGUACUGCAGAGGAGUCAAUGCCAUUGUUUACAUGAUAGAUGCUGCAGAUCGUGAAAAGAUAGAAGCCUCUCGAAAUGAGCUACAUAAUCUUCUAGAUAAACCACAGUUACAAGGAAUUCCGGUACUAGUACUCGGAAACAAGAGAGAUCUUCCGAAUGCCUUGGACGAAAAACAGCUAAUUGAAAAAAUGAACCUGUCUGCUAUUCAGGAUAGAGAAAUUUGCUGCUAUUCAAUUUCUUGCAAAGAAAAGGAUAAUAUAGAUAUCACACUUCAGUGGCUUAUUCAACAUUCAAAGUCUAGAAGAAGCUGAAGCAUCUCCUGAAGUCAUCCAGUCCUUCCUGGCUAUAAUCCUAGAAUUAUUGUCCGUUCCUCUGAAGUACUUCCCAGAAUACGGUCCUUCCUAAACCCAAGAAAUUGCCUUUUUCAGAGUUUAUUUCUCAUGUGCACUGCUGAAGAUGUGUAUCCCUAAUCCUUCAUAAAGAAUCAGCUAGAGUUGUCAUGAUAAAGUCAGCACACACAAAAAAAGCUUCUUAUACAUACUUGUCUUAAACAGUGUGUAGAGCUUUUUUUAAAAAAAACAAAAAACAAAAAACAAAAAACAAAAAACCCCAAACACAUGUGACCAUCUUAAAUCAAGACAAUUGCAUAUAUAUGUUCUGGUCUUUCUGGGCCAGAUUUUUAUAUUGGUUUUCAGUAAAUGUCUAUGAUAUUUCGUUAUAGAGUCCAUUAGCUUAAUACUGAUACUGACUUGAUACAGCAUGAAGUUUCUAGUGCCACACACAGUAUUUAGAAAACCUUUAGCCUGACUCAUGUGGGAUAAAAACAUAAUGUUUACCUGUCUCACAAAUGCAUGUGAAAUGUAUAAUUACACCUUAGGAAUUUAAAAAAUGGUCUGCAAAGAGUGAGCGAAGGCACCAGAUCAGUGUUGUUAAUUGGUUUUUUACACUGGUGAGAUCGUAUAUGAGUUUAAAAAACAUUCUGCUUUCUGAGAACUCUUCAUCACCAGAUAGCAGUUGGGAAUAUGGGAGGAACUGAGGCAUGCUGUUGUGUAUCUGUCCAGAUCAUUACUUCUCUAUUUUUUCUUCUUCUUUUUUUUUUUUUUUUUUUCUGGGUUCAACACACUUUUUUAAAGGGUUGGGAAUUGAGGAUUUUCUCAAAAGCUUUCAUGAAUUUAGAGCAUUCCAGCCAAUAUAAUAAAAUGUGCUAAGAAUGUCAGACUUUGUUCAAACACCUGUUUGUUCUUUCUUUCUCCAGUCAUUAAAUCAGUGCUGCUGCAUGACACUCUAACUCUCGACUUUUUAUAUCCAGUCAUAGACUUUCAGCACAAUAGAUACUUAGAAAUAAAAAUUCUUAUUUUUCUCUCUUAUUGAUGUAAGGUUUGGCACUCUUUUGUCUGGUGCCAUUAGACAUCUCGAUUAUUGUGACAACUCUAGACCUGCCUGCUCUAUCUAAUGUAAUCAUGCGCAACGUCUACAGGUUGUUUAAUAAUCACCCGGGGAACUGAGGAGCUGAUGCUGUGGAUUGUUUGCUUCUAUGAUACGGAGAUGUAUACAAACUUAAAACGAACAUGUUUCGUAGUUUAGUGAUGUCCAUAUACACAAAGGGACAUAUUACUACUGGUUCACUUGUAAAUUGUUAUUCACAUAAACCACUGUAGUAGAUAAAACUCUAUGGUACACCUGCUUAUGUGUUGCCUCACACUGUGUGUGAUUUUGUUUCUUUUGUUAAGCAGCACUCAUGUAGACAGUGCAUUUCCAGACAUGUUGAGCACUCAGAAGUGCAGUCAACAGUGAGUUCUUUUAAUGAAUACCAGUUUUAAUUUAUAGACUGCCAUGGCCUUAACAAUAUUCUGUACAAAAUACUGCACUGUGUUGCACAGAUAGUCCUUGUUUUCCUCCAUUCGCAUUUUUAUGAGUAGAAUCUCAGCUUUUAAAAUUCUGUUCCUAUUCUUUGAAGCAUGUUGCAUACUUCCCUGAUGGGAUGGAUGGUUCUGUAAAUGAAGGGAAAUUUAAACUUGCUACUGUAGCUCAACACCAUUAAUGGUCACUGUGAACCAUUACAGAGAAUGUGGCAAUUUGCUUGUGCCUAAAAGGAGGAAUUGGAACUAGAAAGUGUGACUCUGUGGGGAUCGCAUAGGUUUGUUAUUUGACCUAUAGCUAAACCUUAAAUGUGUUUGUGUGUCUGUUCAUUGCUUUCAGCAUUUCAAGACAUCCAAACUCUACUACCAACAUUUUCCUGUGCAUUAACUUCUGCAUGUGAAAACUUAACAGUUACUGAACUUUGUAAAUACGUGAAUUUUUUAAUUUAGGUGAUGCAUUUUUUUGUCUGUUUACUGCUCUUCUCAGCUUUAUUCAAUAAACUUGCAUUUUGAGGGUUG